AUGUAUAUUUUCUUUCUAUUAUUAUUAGUUGUUGUCAAAUCUUCAAAUACAUUGGCAUAUUUACAAGAUUCAUGGGCAAUGUUUUCUUCAGAACGACCUGUUGGUCCAAAAUGUUUAGAUAUUCCAAGUAAUUUAACAAUUUGCAAUGGUAUUGAGGUAAUUUUCAAUUUUUUUCAAAUUUCAAAUUUUUCAUUUCAAUAAUUAUCCUAAAUCUCAGUCAACAUUGCAGUAUUCUCAAAUGCGACUUCCAAACUUUAUGGAACAUGAAACUGUUUCUGAAGUUAUACAUGCUUCAAAAGAUUGGGAAAGUUUGUUAAGACUCAAUUGUCAUCCGGAUACUCAACGAUUUUUAUGCUCACUUUUUGCACCAGUUUGUUUGAUGCAAAUGGACCGCGCGAUAUUACCAUGUAAAAGUUUGUGUAUGGCUGUGAAACAGGUGAAUCAGAAGGAAGGGGUUCCGCGGUUGAUUGGGUUAAGUUUGGGCGGCUAUUUGUUAAUGGUGGGAGUAAGGUUUAGAAAAACUUCAAAAAAUCAUGCUUUACAGAAAAUUUUUUUGAGCCAUGAAUAUUUUUUUUUUUUGGAAAGUUGGAAUCUUUUUCCUUGACAAUUUUCUAGUACAAAUUCCUCAAUCCCUUCCAUAAUUAAAACUAUAAACAUGUUUUAAAAUUAUAUUUCUGUCAGGUCCAGAAAAAUGUCGAAAACAUAGCUCAUUCUCCUCAUUUUUUUUUGAAAGAUUUUUUUGAAACUCUCCCUCUCUCUCGCUCUAAAAAUAAUUUUUUUCCAGGGAUGUGAAAGUCGUAUGGUGAAUUACGGUUUCCCGUGGCCCGAAAUGCUCUCAUGCGACAAAUUCGAGGACGAUGAUAUGUGCAUCAAACCCAUGACACCGGCAAAACCAGAAGCAGGUACGUAUUGAAAAAAAAAACAUUUGAAGUGCACGCCGGCGGUGUGGCUCAAAAACAUUUUUUCGAUAGAAAAUGUCACUAAUCGGUCACUCAUAAGUGUGGCUGUUUGCCUGCGGGUGAGAAAAAAAAAGAUGGAUAGCCCGGGUUUUUUUUCUGUUUUACUGAUUUGUUAGACCUAGCUGGAGGGAUGGGGGAAAUAGGUUUCUGUGUGUUGAAAUUAAUCUGUGGAAAUUGAAAAUAUAGAAUUCUGUCUUGACUUUUUGCAUUUGACAGAUUUGAUUUGAAGAAUUAAAUUCUUAAAAAUCUAUCCUCUUCAUUGAAGAUUGCUGCUGAAAAUUUUGAAAUAAAUUAAUUACUAGCGAAAAAAAAACUGAUGUCUAAAAACUAUUUCAAUCUGAUUUUCAUCCCACCCGUAAAAAAUAAAAUAAAAUCACUAGGGGGGCCAGCUGUGAUAGGAGUCAGGUUUCAUUGUCCGUCGGUGACUCUUUCACCUCAAAUCUUACAGUAAAGAAAAAAGUUGUUGGCGAGUAAAAAGUAUUCGAUUUCAGGUGCAAUUGCUUCGUGUUCAGCGUGCUCGCAAGUUGAGACUUAUGAGAAUCUUAUCGAUCAGUUUUGCAGGUCGAAUUUGGGUGAGUGAGAGAGAAGAGGGGGACGGGGAAGUUUAUGGGGGAAAAUUGAGAAAAUUUGAGAUUCUCAAAAAAAAGUUCGGAAACUUUCAAGUGAAUUUGUUGAAAAGUUGAAAAAUAAUAGAAUUUUGUUGGAAUUCUGAAAUUUUUAGAUUUGGAAUUUUUUUCAGUUGUCAAAGCAAAAAUCACAAAUAUAACCGGCUCGCAAAUUUCAAUCAAUAAAGGGCAGAGUUUGAAAAAAGGAGAUCGACGUCGAAAUGUGCCAAUCACUGAAAUUCGUCUCUCCGCUGACAAAACCGGCUGCCCUUGUGAAAACAUCUCAAAUCAACCAAAAAAUGAAAAGUUUCUUGUGAUGGCAAGUAGACAACAAGAUGGAAAAUAUGUGGCGAAUUUGAUUUUACCUUUCAAAAAGAAGGAUAAGAAUUUCCGAAAUGCGAUUCGUCAAUUCAAACGAUUGAAUUGUCAAUCAUUGGGUCGAGAAAUUCGCGAAUCUGCUUCUCGUCGACCACAUUAUUAUGAAAUGAGAAAACAUAAUACUGGAAGAUUUCAAUUGUUUUGA